UCCCGGAACUUCCCGACGAGCGUUCGGAAGCCGGAGAGCAGCAUUCACCGUCGGACUGCGGUGCGUCGCUGGGAGCGGUCCUCCGUCGGGAAGGGAGCCAUGUGGGCUCGGGCUGCGUUGAACCUCCUCGGGAGCGGGACGGGAGGCGUUUUGUUUCGUUCCCAGUUAAUCUGGAAUGGACAACUCCGAGCGAACCACUGGCAGUCUUCCCUCCUGGAACUGAGAACAGCUCUGCCCAUGAGAGCAGAGCCCCCAAGGAAGAAGAAAAAGACAGAUCCGAAGAAGGACCAUGCUCUAAGAGAAAGGCUGAAAAAGAAAAUCAAAAAAUUGGAAAGAGCACCUCAAGAGCUGGUUCCUAUUGAAGACUUCAUAAUCCCUUUCAGAUUCAUGGAUGAAAAAAGGGUCCGAGAGCUCCCACCGCUGCCCCUUGAAGAACGUGAAAGACGAGCUAAAAUUUUAAAGCGGUGGGCUGCCUAUAAGCAUCGCGAGAACAAGGCCGAGAUGGACACCAUAAAAACUCUGGUCGCUGCGCAGGAACAAGCUUUAAGGGAACUACGGCUGGAGUCGGAAGAGCUGUAUCAGGCAGCCAUUCUACGGGAUAAUCUCUUGUUCCCUUUUGACAGGCCAGAACCCCUGCACACACCCCCUCAGGCUAAAUACGAAGCUCCCGAAGGAAAAUGUAACGAUCUCACAAGAAUAUAUACGUACUGAUUUGGGUUGUGGGAAAACCCAACACCCUCAGCAAGCGCAAAGCUGCUAAAUUAUGUUCUACCUGACCAUCUGUUUGAUCGCAAGCACCAGUUCAAUGUAGCUGUUUGAUUAAACCCAUCGUUGAGACCCAUAGAUCACGCAAGAGUCUGUGGAAAAAAGCUUGGAAUGUUGACUCUUUUAAAAAUAAAGAGUUCAAUCUUCUACAUGCCGUGCACAUUUAUUCAAUAAAUAAAAUCUUGUUGGGAGACAA